GUAUAAGCGUCGCUUAUUCUGCAACAUAUAUUUACUGCUUUUAUAGACCGCAAACACAGGCAAGGGAAACACACACUUACUGAAUACUAAUUAAUAGAAGUAUUGGUUAAAUUAUACUUAAAAGCACGUGUACAUAUAAUCGUCCUAAAUGUGGUAAAACAUCAUACUACUUUCGAUCGAAAUGGUUCGUCUUAUACAACUUCCGCUACCUGUACACAUGCUCCACUUGCUCGUACUGACGACUGCAUCUGUCUUCUUCCGGUUUCGUUGUGUGGAAUCAGCAUCCAAAAGGCAACAAACCAGUAGUUACCAGCCACACCAGCCAUCCUAUGCUCAGCCGGGAUACUCGUCACCGUCUCCGAUCCGGAUUGCGGAGCCGCUGCACUGGGAGUAUCUGCCAGUGGCGGUGCAGUUACCGACACUGGACUAUUCUCCACUAAAAUCCGAUGACCAUUAUGUAUCCACAUAUCCACCGGAAUUCUGCCGAUCAACCACUGCAAGGGCCAAUCUAGAUUGUCCGUGUUUACUGAUUGGAGAGACCUGUUUGCCCGCGAAUUCCGUGUGUACCCGCGAUCCAGACGGCGAUGGAUACUGCGCCUGUGCUAAAGGAUACGUUCUGUUGAACUCCACUUGCGUCACGCAGCAGUACUAUACGCAAAACGUCCUGAGACCUUUUGUAAUCAGCAGUCCAACAAUCACGGCAUCUUGUUUCCUGCCGGCAAAUGGAGUAAUCGGCACAUUACCGAAGCUUACGAAUGAAGCAGUUACGUUUUACAAUCUGACGCUGCUGUUUUCUUCUCCUCUGGGCGAUACGAACAAAUACAUAACGAUUGAUCAGACUAACGGAAAUAUUUUAUCGGUGAAGCCACCCCCAGCCACAGUCCAAAAUCAAACGUAUCAGGUCACCGCCAGAAGUUCUUCAGGAACAUACAGCACGCUAAUAUUUCGGGUUGCCUACAACUGUACACCGCCAACUUGCAGUUUUGAAAACGGGAACAAUAUUUUUGUAUCCUGCACACUUAACACUGUGGGAAGCACCGUGGCCACCGUUCUAGCUACUGGAAGUGUUGCGCCAACAGCUUUCACAAUGACGCUCAUAUCAUCCACUUCAAUUUUGGCCAACACUUAUUAUAAAAUUGAUUCAAAUCUUGGGCUAAUCCAAAUAGUGAAACAACCACAUGGCGGAAUAUUUAUCGAGCGUUACAAUGUAACUGCCACAAACGCUGUCGGGCAAAAUUGUCCCAGUUUGUUGAUUCAGAUAACCACUGCUGCGGACUGUACCUGAAAGUGCCACGAUACUUAGUACGUUUCGUUGUUUUACUUUAUUCAGAAUAUCGAUCAGUAUCGGUAGAUCAGUUAAGAUUACCAUGUGCAAAAUAUUAUGAGACCAUACGGCACAAAAGCCUACAGCUGCGUUUCUGCAGUAAUAACUGACCGAUGAGGAAGUGCU